CCACGUUGCUCAGUUCCAGAUUCCUUCAUGUGCAAGGAGACCCCGGUUAAUGAGGACCUCAUCUGUGCUGCAGUUAAUAGAUCACAAGUCAAACUGUCUGUUGGCAAUUCCUCUGAAGCCCUGUGCAAUUUAAGCAUCACUGAACAUGCCUGUACCUUGGCUACAAAUCUCACAGCCAGCAACUUGGUCACACUGAUGAACUGCUCACUGGAAAGCCAAAGGUCUUACCCCGUUGAGGUCUGGAAGCUUUUCUUCAAGGAAACUUCUCCGGCACUAGACCAGGCUCUUGUGACAUACGCCAGCAUGGCCCCCAACAACAGCAACCCGUCAUUGUCACAUGCGCUUGAGGCUCUUGGGGAGAUAAGAAUUGCCAACUUCAGCCAGGCACAACUGCAGAAUGAGGACUUUGUAAACAGCUGGUUCCAGACAAAGAUUCGUCCGUUUCUGGCCUCUCCAUCCCCCAGCUUCCUAUUCUGCCUAAGCUCCAAGAACUUGAGCUGCAAGACGUACCAGACUGUCAUCCAGGCAUUCAACAGCCAAAAGGCAUUCAUGGAAAGAGAAAGAAAGUCAGCAGUCUUCACUCAUUUCAUCAAGCCCUUCCUUUCAAGAAAUGACUCAUCAGAUCCUGGCUGUGUCUCAUUGAUCAACGGUAGUGGAGAGUGGGUACAGGUAAACUUUGGCAGCUUCUCUCGUUUCGCAACCCUGCAGGAUCUGCAAGCCCUCAAUGCCAACUUCUCCAGUGCCGGAUCGUUGUCUGUGCUCACUCCUACUCAGGUGGCACAGUUCACACUGAGCUCAGGCGCUUUGAAUGACACAGACCAAAUAGACCAUGUGUUUGAGGUUCUCGAGGAUGGUGAUGCUCUGGAAAAUGUGAAUGAAUUCCUGACACAGUUGACAGCAAGUGGAAAGGUCCCUGAUUUCCAACCUGCUGUGAGAGAUCGUGCGAUGAAUAGGACCUUCAACAUCAUCAGUCCGCAUUUCCUACGAUUCAACAGAGAAGACUGGUUUUCUUGGUUCCAUCUGAUACUGAAGUCGAUCCUCCCAAGUUUCAGCCCAAUGAUGCUCAAGAAUGCAACUGCAAAUAUAAACUGCACAAACUACCAUGUCGUUGUGAGUGGGAUGGCCAAAGCUUCCCCUGCGUUGGCGUUGCAAAGAAAAAAAGAAAUCACAGAAGUUCUGAUUGGCUACCUGAAUAGAUCUGCCAGUGUCAUCAACAAGCCAGUUUGCAGGCAGGGAAUUCACAGUGAUGCAGAAUGGCUUGAAGCAAACCUGGGUUCCUUUUCCCAAUACACAUCAUACUCUGAACUCAAAGUCUUCAACCUCUCUGGAGUGGCAGUUGUGGACUCCCUCUCACCAAACCAGACGGCUGAGCUGCUCCUGGAUCAAGACAGCAGCAUUUGGAGAAUAAGACCCUCGUAA